UUCAUUUAUUGCCGUAACGAAACUUUCAAGUUCAGUCUGUGAUGUUCUCAUAGCGCCGAAUAGGUAGGCCAAAUCCUGUCUGUGGUGCAUAUGUGCACUGUGGGGUGGCCUAACCCGAGUCUCGCAAGGCGCUGAGUUCCCGCAAUUUGUCGAACGAAUCCGAGACAAAAAGGGAACGUACUCUCUGGACUGGUGAGCAAAGAGGAGGAGCUAUUGGCACAAACUAUGUGUCUGGCGAAAUUUUCCCUUGUCUUACUGGAGACGAAAGUGUUUCGCUACAUCAAGUCUGUAUUUUUCGAUGACAAGAGGGCGCCAAAUGACGCGUCACAAGUAUUUCGGGGAUAGACACGUCUUCCUUCACAAAUCACUGCUAACUAGCCAUAUGAUGGCUCAUCUAAGACAGAUUACAUCAGUAUAGUACGAUUGCCAAUCGAGCCUUGAAGCGGAAACAGGAGAUAAGGUGACUUAUCUGCACUACAGCUUUCUCACGAUAUAUCUGAAGAGUGGGGCUGGCAUGCACUUGUGAGAGUCAAAUACCAGCACGUGUCAGCUGCAAAUUUGAGUACUUGCUAGUGUCGGACUUUAAAAUCACCACGACUUAUCUUCCUAGACUCCUAAUUCAAACAUGAAACUUCCUGAUGUCGCAAGGAAGGAUCUCCACAUAGUAUUUACUGAAGAAGACUUGCCCUAUGAGGAAGACAUCUUACGUAACCCUUUCUCUGUGAAACACUGGCUCCGCUAUAUUGAACAUAAGAAGGGCGCACCCAAGCAUGCGCUAAAUAUAAUCUAUGAACGUGCUCUGAAAGAGUUACCCGGCAGUUACAAGCUUUGGUACAACUAUCUAAAGCUAAGGAGGCGACAGUCUAAAGGUCGAUGCAUCAUUGAUCCUAUCUAUGAAGAUAUCAAUAAUGCAUAUGAGCGGUCCUUAGUUUUCAUGCACAAGAUGCCAAGAAUAUGGAUGGACUAUUGUCAAUUUUUAACUGAGCAGAACCUGAUAACCAGAACUCGGCAAGCCUUUGAUAGAGCUUUACGUGCAUUGCCGAUCACACAACAUCCCCGAAUUUGGCCACUCUAUUUAACAUUUGUCAAAAAGCAUGACAUGGCAGAAACUGCUGUUAGAGUAUUCAGAAGAUACUUAAAGCUUUGUCCAGAAGACACAGAAGAUUACAUUGAGUAUCUAACAUCCAUAAAUCGAUUAGAUGAAGCAGCUUUGAAGUUAGGCUUUAUUGUCAAUCACGAUGACUUUGUGUCCAAACAUGGCAAAUCAAAUCAUCAACUUUGGAAUGAGCUUUGUGAGCUCAUUUCUAAAAAUCCUGAUCAAGUUAGGUCUCUUAAUGUGGAUGCCAUCAUUCGUGGUGGAUUGAGACGGUACACUGAUCAACUUGGACACUUGUGGAACUCAUUAGCUGACUAUUAUGUUCGCAGUGGUUUGUUUGAAAGGGCGAGGGAUAUAUAUGAAGAAGCUAUUCAAACAGUAAAAACAGUGAGAGAUUUCACUCAGGUUUUUGAUGCAUAUGCACAAUUUGAGGAACUUAGCUUAAGUAAACGGUUUGAUCAAGCUCAAAAUGUUUCAAAUCCUUCUGAAGAAGAUGAUGUUGAACUGGAUCUCCGCCUUGCUCGAUUUGAGCAUUUGAUGGAACGACGACCUCUUCUACUCAACUCUGUACUUCUUCGUCAAAAUCCACAUAAUGUUCAUGAGUGGCACAAGAGAGUUCAAUUAUAUGAAGGGCAGCCUCACCAGAUUAUUUCUACUUACACAGAAGCAGUUCAGACCGUGGAUCCGAAACUGGCUGUCGGGAAACUGAACAGUUUGUGGGUGGCUUUUGCCAAAUUUUAUGAAGAAAAUGGUCAGCUUGAUGAUGCUAGAGUUGUGUUUGAAAAAGCCACUCAAGUACCCUAUGUGAAAGUUGAAGAUUUAGCAGCAGUUUGGUGUGAAUGGGCUGAGAUGGAAAUCAGACAUGAGAGACCAGAAGCUGCAUUGAAACUCAUGCAUAAAGCAACAGUUAUGCCAAACCACAAAGCAGCUUAUCAUGAUGAGACAGAAACAGUACAAAAUAGACUUUACAAAUCACUUAAGUUAUGGUCAUUAUACGCCGAUUUAGAAGAGAGCUUUGGUUCAUUUAAGUCUUGCAAAGCUGUUUAUGACAGAAUAAUAGAUCUUAAGAUCGCAACACCUCAGAUAAUCAUCAACUAUGGUCUAUUUUUGGAAGAACAAAACUACUUUGAGGAAGCAUUCAAGGCAUAUGAGAAGGGCGUUGCUUUGUUCAGAUGGCCAAAUGUUUAUGAUAUUUGGAAUACCUAUUUAACAAAAUUCUUAAACCGCUAUGGUGGAACCAAAUUGGAAAGAGCUAGAGACCUGUUUGAGCAAUGUUUAGAGAAGUGUCCUCCAAAGUUUGCAAAAGCUUUGUACCUUUUGUACGCGAAACUGGAGGAAGAACAUGGCUUAGCCAGACAUGCCAUGGCUGUUUAUGAACGUGCUACAAGUGCGGUUCUACCAGAAGAGAUGUUUGAGAUGUUUAACAUCUAUAUUAAAAAAGCUGCAGAGAUAUAUGGAGUACCUAAAACACGUCAAAUUUAUGAAAAAGCCAUUGAAAUGCUUGGAGAUAACAACUCUAGAGAAAUGUGUGUACGAUUUGCUGAAAUGGAAACCAAACUUGGUGAAGUUGAUAGAGCUCGAGCUAUUUAUGCUCAUUGCAGUCAAAUUUGUGACCCAAGAGUAACUGCAGAUUUCUGGCAAGCUUGGAAGGACUUUGAAGUGCGCCAUGGCAAUGAGGAUACCAUGCGAGAAAUGCUACGUAUCAAACGUAGUGUGCAAGCAACAUAUAACACUCAGGUGAAUAUGAUGUCAGCGCAAAUGGUUAAUGUGUCUGGAUCUGCGGGAACAGUUGCUGACUUGGCUCCAGGCGUAAAGGAUGGUAUGCGAAUGCUGGAAGCCCAAGCUGCAGAAGUUGCCCAAAUGGAAUCACGUCUAGUUAUGCCAAAAGGUGGAAACAUUCUUUUUGUGCGCGGAGAAACUCAAGGUGGAGACAGAGAAGGAGCCCGUGUUGCAAAUCCCGAUGAGAUUGAGAUUGAUGAUGAUGAAGAAGAAGGUUCAGAUGGGAGUGAGAAGGAGGAGGAAGCUGAUCUUCCUAUUCAAAAACAAAUUGUGCCUUCUGAGGUCUUUGGGAGUUUAAAACAGAACGAAGAUGAAGAUGAAGAAGUUUAGACUACAUUGGGAAGUAAUAGUGAAGAAUACUUAUUUGACAUGACAUGUGGUACUAGGUAUCAAGUCAAGUACUAAAUGUAAGAAAUGAAAUUUUAACUAUCUUUGA